AUGGAAAUUAGUUGUGAAGCAGAAAGUUCUCAAUUUGAAAGUUUCCCACGGAAAGCUUUAGCAGUAGAAGAAAACACUAUUGUGGGUGUUGAUGAUGAUAUACUGGAGAUCAAAGCCCGGCUGUGUGGCUCCCCCUCAUCUAAACUCCAAGUUGUGGCGCUAGUGGGGAUGGGAGGCAUUGGCAAAACGGCUCUCGCUAGGAAAGUGUACGAAGAUCCAUUAGUUAUGCACCACUUCUACCUGCGAGCCUGGAUAACUGUAUCAAGACAGCAUCGAGUUGGAGAAAUGCUUCUUGGUCUUCUGCGUUGCGUGUGCCCAUCCAGCGACGAAAUCUACAAGAAAAGUGAGCAACAGCUGGCGGAAGAAUUGCGCCGAAGGCUGAUAGGUCACAAGUAUCUUAUUGUCAUGGAUGACGUGUGGAGUAGUGAGGCCUGGGAUGAUGUCAAAAGGUGUUUCCCAGAUGACAGGAAUGGGAGCCGGAUUAUACUGACGAGCCGGGUUAUGGCAGUGGGUGUUCAUGCUCAGCCAGCCAGUCCUCCACACUGCUUGAGGCCUCUGGAUUUGCAUCAGAGCUGGGAGCUGAUAAGCCAGAAGGUGUUUGGAAAGACAGCCUGCCCCUCAGGAUUGGAGGAGAUUGGGAAAAAAAUUGCAGAGAGAUGUGGAGGUCUACCUCUAGCAAUCGUCGUGGUUGCUGGUUCUCUUGCUAAGGUGAGUAAGACAAGAACCUCUUGGUCCAAUUUUGCCAAAAUGGUUGGUUCAGCUGCAAAUGAACAAGAUAAACAGAAAUGCUUAGAUAUACUUGCUUUGAGUUAUCAUUACUUGCCUUGCCAUUUGAAGCCUUGCUUCCUCUAUAUGGGAGCUUUUCCAGAAGAUUAUGAGAUUCCUGCUUGGACACUAAUCAGGCUAUGGAUUGCUGAGGGGUUUUUGCCCCCCGAAACAAAGCUGAAGAGCCCGGAGGAAGUGGCAGAACACUGUUUGGAGGAUCUUGUCAGUAGAAGCCUUGUUAUGGUUGCAAAGAGGAGAUCCGACGGUGGAGUUAAGACGUGUGUCAUUCAUGAUCUUCUGCGCGAACUGAGUUUGCAAGAAGGCGAAAAGGAGAACUUUAUGUAUGUUAAGAAAGAGCACUCCACCAUUUAUAGUGCAUAUGCCUAUAAUGAGCAACGUCUUAGCUUCACUUCUGGUGUGGAUAUUAUUAGCUCAAAGAUUGACACUAGUUGGAAAGACAUUUGUUCAUUUCCCAAUAUUUACCAGUCUACUCCUGUCACCUCUUCUUUUCUCUCUUUUGGUACAAUUGGCAUGCCUACUCAAUCAGAGACUAUUUUCCUUACUUCAGCCUUCAGAUUGUUGAGAGUAUUGCAUUUAGUUGGACACACAUUUAUUCAUUUCCCAGUAGAGAUAACACAGCUGAUUCAUUUGAAGUAUCUGGCCCUUAGCUAUCGACCCGAAUUUCCUCUUUCACUGUCCAAACUUGUGAAUCUACAAACCUUAGUCCUUGAAACAUCAGGAGUUCUGAUCUUGCCAACAGAAAUGUGGGAAAUGGAACAGUUGAGGCAUCUGCAUCUUAAGAACACCAGUUUCUGGCCUAGUCAUCCUAUGACAAGUACCAAGGCUUUGUCGAAUCUGCAAACACUUUGCUUUAUAGACCUCAACAGUUGUACAAGAGAAGUUUUCAUUAGUAUCUCCAAUCUUAAAAAAUUGGGCAUUACUGGAUCUGGAUUUUGUACUGGAGUGGGAGAAACAAAAUGGGAGUUAUAUCUAGAGCACUGGAUUAGACCCCAGCAGUUGAAUGGUUGCCUCACCAAUCUUCUCUACUUGAAACGACUAGAAACGCUAAAGUUUUGCUCAAUCUUGGUAAAGAAUUUCCCAUGCUCGGAUGCUUUCCCACCAAACCUUAAAAAACUGAGCAUCACAAUGUGCUUUUUGGUGCCCAAAUCUGUGACCACUUUCUCUAAGUUACCCAACCUGGAGAUUCUGAAACUGAAAGAUGUGAAUUUCGAAAGAUAUGUUUUCGAACUGAGUGAACAAGUGUUCAAAACGCUGAAGUUUCUGCUGAUUCAGUCUUCCACCCUUAAGCUCUGGGAAGUAGCUAACAGUUAUCAUUUCCCAAAACUCGAACGCCUAGUUCUGAAGCAUUGCUUCAGCUUGAAGGAGAUUCCUAAUGAGAUUGGGGAUAUCCCAACACUUGAGUUCAUGGAGUUGCACCAUUCUCCUGCAGUUGAACAGUGCGCAAGAAGGAUUGAAGAUGAGCAGAGGGAAUUGGGAAAUGAUAGCUUCAAAGUUUAUAUCAACCGUAGUGUUACCUCCUAGAAUAAUGCUAUGAAAAUAAGUGUUAAGAUGCAGUUGUUCUGCAAUAUUUUCAUGGUUGCAGACUUGCUUGCAGCCUGCAUCUCCAAAUUUGAAGACUAAGGAGAGCAUGAUCUAGGUUUCCUUCGUCUCCAUUAAGGAGGACCGAAAGAAUUCUUCAAAGAUAGGCAAGUUUGAAAACUAUAUUAUCAUGUAUUUCAGUAAAUUAAACUCUUUUGUCAAAACUUGGAAGCUGCUUUCCAAUUCACUUUAGCAGCCUGCAAUAAUAGAAAAAACUAUAGAA